CAGUGAACUUUCAACAUUUCUCUCAUUCUCAACGCCUCAAAAUCAGCUGUCAAAAAUGUCGCCUUUAUCUCUCCGUUCCCCUGACGCAGAGAAGUUUCACUUAUCGCCCGACUUUAGAGACCACGACUGCUCUUAUUCUCUGCAACUCAUCCUAUAUAAGGAAGACAUAAAUCCAUGGCCUUUCAAACCAUCACACCCAAGUGGCAACUUAAAAGAAUAAGAAGAAGAAGAUAGAACAAAUGGAAUCCAUCAUAUUUGAUCGAAGGAUGACCAAUUCUUCAAGCAAUUUAACGCCUACUGUGAUGCCUUUUCCUGUGUCGGAUGAGUUGCUCGGCACCUUUGUGCCUAUUGCUGUUUAUUGGAUAUACUCAGGCAUCUAUGUGAUGCUCGGUGAUUUGAACCAAUACAGGCUUCACACCAAGGCUGAAGAGGACAAAAAGAACGUUGUUUCAAAGAGAACCGUUGUGAAGGGCGUCCUCAUCCAGCAAGCUUUCCAAAUUGCUGUCUCCCUCCUCCUCUUCACGUUCAUGAGCGGUGACAGCGGCGUUGUCCUGCUUCAGCCUUCUCUUCCGGUGAUCGUCCUCCAAUUCAUGGUGGCCAUGGUGGUGAUGGACACGUGGCAAUACUUUAUGCACCGAUUCAUGCACAUCAACAAGUUCCUGUACAAACACAUCCACUCCAAACACCACACGCUGGUCGUCCCCUAUGCUUUUGGAGCUCUCUACAACCAUCCACUGGAAGGGCUAAUUCUUGACACAAUUGGGGGAGCUCUCUCCUUUCUGAUUUCAGGGAUGACACCUCGAACCGCCAUAUUCUUCUUCUCUUUUGCCACCAUCAAAACUGUUGACGACCAUUGCGGUCUCUGGCUUCCCGGAAACUUGUUACAUGUUUUCUUCAACAACAACAGUGCGUAUCACGACAUCCACCACCAGCUCUAUGGCACAAAGUACAACUUCUCUCAGCCAUUCUUUAUCACUUGGGAUAAGAUCCUUGGAACUCACAUGCCUUUCUCGCUUGAGAAGAGAAAGGAGGGAGGAUUCGAGGCCCGACCAAUUAAGAAGAUUAAUUGAUUCUUUCAGGAAUUGUUGCCUGAUAUAUAUAUGAAUGCAUACCCAAAUCCAUUAUCAUGUAUUAUAUACUUUGUUUUGUUUUCGAUAUUAACAUAGAUAUUUUCCCAACAAAAAGUGACUUAGAGCAAUGCACAUCGAUAUAAAUCAUUCCAGAAAACAAAACCUGAUGAAUGUUAUAUGAGGACAUAAAAAAUAAAUUUGAAUGCAUGAGAACAUUAAAAAAUAUUGAAGGAAGACAUUAUACACCUAAAUUAUACUUGUUGAAUGUUAGAUGAGGCUCUUUAAUUUGGAGUAUUUUAUGAUGACCCUUCAUGAUAGAUUUAUUCAACAUUUAAUGAAACUUCAGUUCAUCUUUCCGGAUAAAACUACUAUAAAUAUUAGUAGCAAGGCCUCUUGAGAACCAUGGUCAAUCUACAUGUGGGCUCCUAAAAUUUACGCUCUGGCCU